GGAAAAUUUCUAAAUAUCACUGCUGUCGGCUGUCCACUGUCGCACUGGCCAAAUAUUCAUCGCAGAUAAGUUUCUAUCUAUAGAACAGAACAAAAUUAAAUUAUGAUGUUCAUCCAUUCCUUUUACUAUUUUCGUUCUAACCUUUGUUUGUAUUUCUAUCUAGCACGAGAAGAGAUAACGGACCAGUAAACACCAAAUCUAAUUAAAAAAACAAGUCUUGGAUUACAGCAUGAUUCACAAUCAGACCAAACUGUAACCAUCCGAAUCGAGCUGGCUAAAUGCGCCUAUAGGGAAGCAAAGGCCAAGAACUUUGAAUGAAGUGAAGUUUCUAUCUAUGUUUGUACUACAGAUCUAUAUAUUUUUUUGUUUAUCAAUACCAACUACAGUCGAAUUUAUUCACUAACUGCUCUUUUAAAAAUUAUCUGUGUUUGACAAUGGCUAGCGGUGAAUGUGGAGUGACCAUUGAGGACAACAUGGAUUCUAUUUCAGAUGAAGAUAUUCUUGAUUUGAAUUUAGUGAAACUUGAGCCACAUGAAGUUGAGAGGUUUGGUGAAUGUGAAAUGCUUGAUAGUGAUUCCUUUACUGAGUCCAUCUCUAUAGAUUGCAAUGAUGAUACCAAUCUCAUUGGUGAAGAGAAAAAAAUUAAAAAUGAAGGUGAAAUGGACAUUGUCUAUGAAAAUAUUAAAACUGAGAUUUUGGAUGAGGAAAAUGUGCUCGACGAUAUCCAAAAUGAGGACAUGAUUCAAGAUGUGAAGCCCCUUUUCCCAGAUUCUGUUGCAUAUUACAAUAAGAAAAAAUACAUUAGAAAAAAGUUAUUUCAGUGUAAAAUAUGUUUAAAAUAUCUCUCCAAUAUUUAUACUUUGAAAGUCCAUGAAAAAACUCAUAAUGGACCAAAAACGUUUCAAUGCACAAUCUGUACAAAAUCUUUCAAUAAUAAUAGUGCUUUGAAAGUUCACAUGAGGAGUCAUACAGGAGAGAAAUCAUUUCAGUGCAAAAUCUGUUUAAAAUCUUUUAUUCGAAAUAGAACUUUGAAGGUUCACACAGGAGGUCAUACUGUAGAAGAGGAAAGACUGUUUCAAUGUACAAUCUGUCCAAAAUGUUUCACUCAAAGUAGUGAUUUAAAGAUUCAUGAAAGAAGUCAAACUGGUGAAAGACCUUUCCAGUGUAAAAUCUGUUCAAAAUCUUUCGCUGUACGUUAUCAUUUGAAAGUUCACAAAAGAAGUCAUACUGAAGACAAACCAUUUCAAUGUAAAAUCUAUCAAGAAUCCUUCAUUCAGAGUAGAACUUUAAAAGUUGAAGAAAAACAUUGUGCUGAAGAAAAACCAUUUCAGUGCAAUAUAUGUUCAAAAUCUUUCACUCAAAGUGGUAUUUUCAAGGUUCAUAAAAGAAGUCAUACCGGAGAGAAGCCAUUUAAGUGUAGAAUCUGUUCAAAAACUUUCACACAUCGUGGUACUUUGAAAGUUCAUGAAACAAAUCAUACUGAAAAAAGACCAUUUCAGUGUGCAAUCUGUCCAAAAUCUUUCACUCAAAGUAGUGAUUUAAAAGUUCAUGAAAGAAGUCAUUCAGGAGAAAGACCUUUCCAGUGCAAAAUCUGUUCAAAAACUUACACUCGAAGUGAUCAUUUGAAGGUUCACGAAAGAAGUCAUACUGGAGACAGGCCAUUUCAGUGUAAAAUCUGUCCAAAAUCUUACACAAAUAGUAGUGCUUUGAGAGUUCAUGAAAGAACUCAUACUCGAUAAAAACCGUUUUAGUGUAAAUCCAGUGGAUUUUUUUUCUCGGCAUGGUGCGUGGAAGUUUAUGAAAUGAAUCAAUAUGGAGAUGUCAAAAAAAACCCUUUUGAUGUAAAAUAUGUGCAAAGAUAAACUUGCAUUGUUUGUAAGAGAUAUUAUUCUCAAAUUUCAUGUAAUUAUUUACUGGUUCACGUUACUGGUGUAUCUAAAUAAUUAUAUUCAAUUUUUUACUUAGAAAUAAUGACUAUGUGCAAGCUAUAUCUACUCUCGUCUCAUUGAAAUAUCUACCAAUCUACAUAUGUAUAGCAGACAUAAGGACUAUGUAACUAGGGGUAAUAACAUGCUCAUAAACUCAAUUCAAUCGAUA